UCUGGCUGGUGGCCAAUCCAGCUGCCUUGUCUCCCAACAAACCCUGUUAAGCGUGUUCUGCUGCCCCGGGCGUCAAGUUCAGGCUUCCUUCUUGCCCUCGCCUGCAGCUGUCUGCCGGGAGUGAAAAGAGCAGCUCAGGUACCUUUCCUCUCGGGGGAGCCAGCGGCACCGACUCAAAGGCUCUCACCUGGCUCUCGAUGAGAAGGAGGCGGGACUAGAGGAACUUCAACCCGUCCAGAAAGUGUGUGCGGAGGGGAAAGAGAGAGCAGCGUGGAAGGAGGAGGAGGAGGAGCAGCAGAGGGCGCCGCCGAUGUCGUCGCCUUGGGCGGCUGCAGGAGACAGGGAGGGAUUUUUCCAACAAGGAAACAGAAAGUCCGGAAAUUGAGCAAGAACUUGCACGAGAGCGGGAUGCUCUCGGAGUCCCCCACGCACCGCAGAGGAGCCUUGAGUCUCUUUAUGACUUCCCCUCCUCUGUGGUUUGGGGAUCGGAUUAGGAACCGGCGACUUGGCUAACUCCAGAGGAAGAAUCGGCUGCAACUGGCCGUCAGAAAAUGCGCUCGACGCCUCCAGAAGUUUCCAGUUUCGCGCGGGGGUGACAGUUCCCUCGCGAAAGGUUUUGUCUUGUGGGAAAGCCCGGACCACCGAGCUGCUCUGUCUUGCUUUGGAGAACUGGCGUCUGGCAGCUGAGCGGAGGGCGGGAGGGCCGGGGGUGCCCUGCCUGCCCUCUCCCCGCCGAGUCCUUCGGGGCCGUUUCUGAAGCGCGUGAGUGGGAGCUACCAACCGGGGCAAUUAUCUUCUCCCACCCGCCCCCAGGAAAGCAGCCUCGAUGGCUCUGAGCAAAGGGCUGCGGCUGCUCUGGAAGCAGGAGCCCAGCCCAAGCGCCCUGCUCGAGGCGCGCGGCCGCCAGGACUGCCUGUUGCUGGAAGCCGGUACAAUGGCUACCCUCACUCCUGAAGAAAAGGAAGAAAUUAAAGGGCAGUAUGAAAAGCUCAUGGAUGCAUAUGGAUGUUUAGGAGAGCUCCAGUUAAAAUCUGGCAACACCAUUCUGCAUUUUCUGGUCUUCGUGACAGGCUGUACAUCAGUGGGGAAAAUCCUUGAUUCUGAAGUUUACAGAAUGACAGCAACAGAAUUCUGCCCCCUCCAGGAAGAAACUAAAGAAGAUGAUCGCCUUGCUGUCUUAAAGAAAAUUCUGAAUUCAGGGAUGUUCUAUUUCUCUUGGCCAAAUUCAGGAUCAAACUUUGAUCUCACUCUCCGGGCCCAGAAGCAGGGUGAUAACAGUUAUGGAACUGGGAACUCAUUCUUCUGGAACCAGCUGUUGCAUGUGCCCUUUAAACACUACCAGGUGAAUUGCUCUGACUGGCUAUUAAAAGUGAUCUGCGGUGUGGUGGACAUUCGCACUCUUUACGCCUCUCACAAGAAGGCAAAAGCCUGUCUCAUCUCCCGGAUCAGCUGUGAACGAGCUGGUGCUCGGUUUCAUGUACGAGGAAUCGGUGAUGAUGGGCAUGUUUCUAACUUUGUUGAGACGGAGCAGACAAUCUAUUUGGACACUGAUAUCUCUUCCUUUGUUCAAAUCAGAGGUUCAGUUCCAUUGUUUUGGGAGCAACCUGGUCUUCAGGUUGGCUCCCGUCACUUGAAACUUUCCAGAGGCUUGGAAGCUAAUGCUCCUGCUUUUGACAAGCAUAUGAUGCUUCUGAAAGAACAAUAUGGCAAGCAAGUGAUAGUUAAUCUCUUAGGAAGCAAAGGAGGAGAGGAUGUCCUCAACAGGGCUUUCAAGAAAUUGCUAUGGGCAUCAUCCCAUGCAGCAGACACCCCUAUGAUUAAUUUUGAUUACCACCAGUUUGCUAAAGGUGGGAAAAUGGAGAAGCUGGAGAAUUUACUGGGCCCCCAGCUAAAGUUGCACUGGGAAGAAUUCGGGGUCUUCACAAGGGGCAGGAAUGCAAGUCCCCGGCUACAGAUGGGUACCUUGCGAACAAAUUGCCUGGAUUGUCUGGAUCGAACGAACACCGUCCAGUCCUUCAUAGCAUUUGAGGUUCUGUUAACUCAGCUAGAGAGUUUGGGAUUGAAUUCAAAGCCUAUAGUCGAACGUUUUCUGGAGUCCUAUAAGGCAAUGUGGAUCAUCAAUGGACACACACUAAGUAGGAUUUUUAGGGGCAGCCGUGCUUUGGAAGGAAAAGCUAAGGUGGGGAAACUCAAGGAUGGUGCCCGUUCAAAGACUAUUCAGUCAAACAUUUUUGAUGGUGUGAAACAGGAAGCCAUUGAUUUACUGCUUAUGGGUGAUUUCUACAAUGAUGAGUAUGCUGAUAAAGAGAGGAUGCUCAUGGACAACAUGGCAUCAUUGGUGACUCCCAGCAUUUUGAAAGCCAUGUCAGCCCGUCAGUUUGAAUUCACAAACUUCAAGAGAAUUUGUGUUGCCAUGGGGACGUGGAAUGUAAACGGAGGCAAACAGUUUAAGAGCAAUAUCCUCGGUACCAGUGAGUUAACAGACUGGUUACUGGAUUCCCCUAAGCUCUCGGGUGUUUCAGAGUUUCAAGAUGACCAUUGUCCUGCUGAUAUCUUUGCUGUGGGAUUUGAAGAAAUGGUGGAAUUAAAUGCUGGGAAUAUUAUGAGUGCUAGCACAACUAAUAGGAAGAUGUGGGGUGAACAGCUUCAGAAAGCUCUUUCCAGGACACAUCGGUACAUUCUGUUGACAUCAGUGCAGCUUGUUGGAGUUUGCCUUUUCAUCUUUGUACGACCUUAUCAUGUCUCUUUCAUCAGGGAUGUCGCAGUGGACACAGUGAAGACAGGAAUGGGAGGGAAAGCUGGAAAUAAAGGAGCAGUUGCCAUCCGUUUCCAGUUUCACAGCACCAGCUUAUGCUUUAUAUGCAGUCACUUGACAGCUGGUCAGUCUCAGGUGAAAGAACGGAAUGAGGAUUAUAAAGAGAUCACACAAAAACUGAGCUUUCCAAUGGGGAAAAGUUUGUUUUCCCAUGAUUAUGUGUUCUGGUGUGGUGACUUUAACUAUCGCAUCGACCUAAGCUAUGAAGAAGUAUUUUAUUUUCUCAAACGACAAGAUUGGAAGAAACUCCUGGAAUUUGAUCAACUACAGCAGCAGAAAUCCAGUGGAAAAAUUUUUAAGGAUUUUCAUGAAGGAACUAUUAAUUUUGGUCCAACAUACAAAUACGACGUUGGCUCAGAGGCUUAUGAUACAAGUGAUAAAUGCAGAACUCCAGCCUGGACUGACAGAGUUCUUUGGUGGAGGAAGAAACUUCCUAAUGAUAAAACAGCUGGAGAGAUCAAUCUUCUAGACACUGAUUUUGGUGCAGAAACGACAGUCAGACCUAUUUGGUCUCCUGGUGCCUUGAUGUAUUAUGGAAGAGCUGAGCUUCAGGCAAGCGAUCACAGGCCUGUUUUGGCUAUUGUGGAAGUAGAAGUCCAAGAAAUUGAUGUAGCUGCCCGGGAGAUUGUUUUCCAGGAGGUGUCCUCCUUCCAGGGGCCUCUGGACGCAACAGUAGUGGUGACUUUGUUGACACCAUCUCCUGAAGAGAGAGAUGAAUUUCCUGAGGAUUUACGUACUGAACUAAUGCAAAUCUUUGAGAGUUAUGGCAUUGUUGUGCUUGUCAGGAUCAAUGGAGGUCAAAUGCUGGUAACAUUUUCAGAAAGCAGGUCUGCUCUUCAUGUUCUUGAUGUAGAUGGUGUCAAGAUUAAAGGCAGAACAGUGAAGAUUUGGCCUAAAACCAAAGACUGGUUGAAGGGCCUUCAGGAAGAAAUUGCUAGGAAACGAGAUAGCAUCGCUCCUAUGUCGCCCACAGCAAAUUCCUGUCUAUUGGAGGAAAAUUUUGAUUUCUCAAGUUUAGAUUAUGAAUUGGAAGGUGAUAUUCUAGAUGAGGACGAUGAUCUUUUGGAUGAAAUGCUGCCUCAGUUGCCUCUAACAACAGAAAUGGCAUUAGCAGUAGAUGAUUUACUGGAUGAGCCUGAAUAUUUGAUGGUGGCAUCCAUGGUGCAUGCCGACAAAUCUCCUCACUUUCCUGGAAGAAAACUGCAGCUGUAUAAAGAUGAUGCAGACCUGUCUGAACUAAAACAAGAGCUAGAAGGAAGUGGGGAGUUUCGCCACUGUUCCCCAAGCAGAUCCCUUUCUGUCCCUGGUAGACCUCGGCAGCCUCAGCCUCCACAGCGACCUCCUCCUCCAGCCGGAAUAGCUGUUAAAAAAUCUCCAUCAGAUGGCGCCAUUUCUUCAGGAGGCCAUUCUCUGUCCUCCAUACUGCAGACGGCAAAGCUUCUUCCAGGAGCACCACAACAACCACCAAAAUCACGGACUGGAAUUAGUAAGCCCUAUAAUGUCAAACAGAUCAAAACCACGACCACUCAGGAAGCAGAGGAAGCCAUUCGCUGCCUGAUGCAAGCAAGAGGAGUAACACCAGAGGAAGCCGUGACGCCCAUUGCAGCAAAACCCCAAACCAGACCUGAAACAUUUCCCAGUGUUCCAAAGCCGGCAGCACCGCUUCACAGCCUGCAGCCAGCCCCAGUGUUCAUACCUCACCGCCCUCCACCAAAAAUCCCAGUUGCAAAGAAACCGGUACCCUUGCAAAGGAUGGGAGGGAAGCAAGGACAUUCUCCAGAAGAGCCAUUUGAACAGACCGUGGGCCACUUCUCCUUUUUGCCAGAGCCUUGCCUUGAAGCCAGAUCCAUUACUAGCCCUACAAGGGCAGCCCCUGUUCCUAAACCAAGAACAAUGCAUCCUGGCAAAAUCCUUGAGAGGAGGAGGAGCAGCAGCAGCAGCAGUGAGAGGCAGCCGGCUGCAUUGCAUCUUUUAGAGGAAACUUCCAUUCUUCCUUCUCAGAAUUCUAACUAUGCCCCAAGAGUUCCACCAAGGAGAAAGAAGUCUGCUCCCCCUGAUUUCCAUCUGCAAGUACUCCAGAGCAAUGACAACCUUUUUCUUAAGGGGUUGACAUUCAAUUCCAACAAUAACAACAAUCCAUCAGAAUACAGUUCUGUGGUUCAGAAUUCUGGCACUCUCCCACUAUCGCCUAGUGAGUCCUAUUUUCCUGCAACACCCGCCAUUGCCAGCCUAGUAGAUGAUGGCUCUAAGCUCUUGAGGCCGACUGAUUCGGAGUUAAUUGCUGGUCUGAAAGUUCCUCCUCCACUGAACACCCAGCAGCAGUUCUUCAGCAAUGAUUUUCUAAUGGAAAGUACCAGUCUCUUAGACCUGGAGGCAGAAUUUUCUGUUCAUCGCUCAGUAACUCCACCAUUGCCUAUCAGCCCAACACACGCCCCCAAAGACUUGAAACUUUCCAGUCCAAGAGGUUUCAGUCACUGGGUUACAUUUGGUGAAGAUGGCAACAAUGGCACUAUAUCUCAAGAACCUAAUUAAAUGCUUGUCCUCAGUCAGAACCAAAAUAUCUGUGUAGACUCUGGCUCCAGUUUAAAAUGAUGAGCCUACAUUUUCUUGUUUUUUCUUUCAGCAAAUACAAUAGUGAAUCCCCCCCCCCCCCAAAAAAAAAACCCAACAACCCCUUGAAGCUCUACAACAGGAAAGGCCAAGUUCAACAAGUUACUUAUGGUACUUCACACUCCUCUCUUCCCCCAGUUAAUUUUGAUUUAACUCCUAUGGAUCAUUCAUUGUUUCAUGAAACAUAAUUGCAACAAUUCCUGGUACAAUUACUCCUCAUUUCUACUGAUUACUCACUUCCUGUAUUUUGUGCUGGGAAUAGUUGUCCCAUACACCCUUGCAGGGAAUAUGACAGGAUGGAAGAUUCUACAUCUUAUAAGGAGUUUCUCUCUGUUUCUUGUUUGGGUAGUUAGAGUAAUUACCUUUGAGACUGAAAUCCUUACCACAUUUAUUAGGGAGAGUGUCUCAUUGAAACCAGUGGGACAUUUCUGAGUCAGCACUUUUUGGAUUGCAGUUCAUAUCCUCAAACUGUCUAUCUCUUUGCUUUUUAAUGUUUAUUAACAUCUGUGAGAAGGCCAGUUUAAAACAAAUAGUCUCAAUUCAGCAAGUUCAUUUCACUGAGGCCUACAAAAGAGAAAAGAUUCUGCCUAGUGAUAGCAGCAUGUAAUAAUGUGGAAUUGAUUGUAGUGGUAGAUAUAAAGGUCAUCUCCACAGCUCCUUUGAAAUGAUGCAGCAGUGAAGCGUGUUAGUAGUAGUAUAGAUUGCCUUCCAUGUAGAAAGCCUGAGUAAUGAUGCCACUAAUAUACUUGAAUAUACAGAGCAGGAGGUUGGAUGAGAAGACCGCCAAGGUCCCCUUCAGCGCUUCAGUUCUAUGGUACUUUGGAAAACAAGGGCUAUAAUUAGAUCAGGCACUAGAACAUCUGCCUUGAGCUGUGUGGCUACAGUCCUUGUCAGACCUGAAUUACAGCCUGAGGUGGCGAGUACUGUGGAGUUGCUCACACACAGCUCUCCUAGUAUCUAGCUUGGUUGCCAUUUUCUGUUACAGCCAUUGACCCAGGCUCUGUUCAGGUCAACUAAGCCAGUAUGAUCAGGACCACUUUACCUUAGAGUAAAUGAGGAAGAGACCCACAUGAAAAUCAUACAAGGGCACACAAGGUACGCCCUAUACUAAAGGCUCCCUAGUGUUCAUCCUUUUGGGGUACAAUUCUCAGAAUGAAAGUACCCUCAGCAUAACACAGAGUUAAUAAUGGUACUAUUGGAAAGAACUCAUGAGUUGACAUAGUGUAGUUAUAAAAAGCAAAGGGAAAUUUUAUUUGUAAUAACUGAUAGUAGAACAUAUACAAGUUCUGCCUCUAGGAAUUAUACAAUUAAGUUACAGUGGACCCUCAACUUACGAAGUUAAUCCGUUCCGAAUGCACGUUCGUAGGUCGAAAUUUUCGUAAGUCAAAAAGCGCACCCACGGAGGUCUGGAAACAUUCGUAAGUCGAGGAAACCGCAUCUAAAAAUUCGUAAGUCGAGGAAGCCGCAUCUAAACCGGCAACGACUUCCGGUCAUUUUUGCCGUUUGUAAGUCAAAAACUACGGAUGUCGAGUAGUUCGUAAGUCGAGGGUCCACUGUACAUAAUCCAAUGUUGGUGCAAUGCUGGUAAUUUAUUAGUGGCAGAACUUGGUUAUUUUUAAUGAAGAAGUGUAAAGCUGGUGAUUCUCUUUUUAACUGGUCCUAAAUAGUAAAGAUGGGAAAACCUGUAUCAUGUAUUUUUGGAGCAUCCUUUUUUAUUGAAGUUGUAAAUAAUAACAUUAAAUUUCUUUUUUAAGAAACAGAA